AAUACCAACCAAGCUUCUCGGUCCGCUGCAAAACGCAUUUGACGGCGAUUUCAGUUUCUUUCGAACCAUCGUGGAGGACGGUUCUCGCACGGGUGUUGUCGUUGUCGUGUGCACUUUUGCUGCUUUCGUUUGUUUAUUUGCGUUCGUCUGCACUUUGCAACUACGCGCGUUGGUGCUGCCGUCGUUCCGUACUUGUGUACUGCAGGCCGAUCCGGUGCAAAUGUGUGUGAAUAAAUGACCAUCGUAGCCAUUUCCUUAUCGCUGGUCGUGGAAUUCGGUUUUGUGGCAAGUCGUUGAAUUUGAAGUGUUGUGCAGAAAGAAAAAUAUAGAAAAUAAAAAGUGUUACCAAGAGUGAAUUGCGGGCCCGCGAUCUCGCCCCCGGAUCGAGACGGCGUGCGGCGGCGGUGGAACCGGCCAGAGCUAGCGAAUCCAAAAACCUGAAUCUUGUCGGCGGGAGAAAGUUUUUUGGCACUUGUUCCGUACACCGUGUGCGAUCCGGAAUUUGGGUUUGCGGAGCGCAAUCAAGAAGACGACUGGCUCGAACUUUUCUACCGCCCAUCUUGAUUCCAUCUGAUCGACUUCCGUCUGACGUUUUCUUCGGGCGAAAGAAGACGUCCCAACAUCAUCAGCCUCGAAACAGCACAAAGCAUUAAUAACCCGUCAUCAACAUCAAACACUGCUUGGACACGCCACACCGUCCGCCGGUUCCACGUCCCUCUUCCAAGAGUCAUGGACUAGGGGCCACUCGUUUCCGGAAGCGCAAACAAACGUGGAAUCGUAGCGUGAACCUCUAGCAUCCCUUAUUCGUCUCACCACGUUCACCACCACGUCGAUUGUGCCGUUAGCUGUCCAGUGGUGGAGCGUGGUGUGUGUGUAUGUGUGUGUUUGUGUAUGUUUAAGUCGUCGAACCUCCUCUAUUGGAACUUUCUUCCAAUAGAAACAGAAAGAUAAAUAUGCGAAGGAUUGUGAUGCUGUAGAAAAUCGUUUCCACGGCUACUCACAGCUCAUUACGCUGACAACGCUUCGUUGUCCCUUCUAGUUUAAAAUCGAUCCAGAUUGUGAAGCAAGCAAACGAUCAAAAUGAACGGACUAUCCACGCUCAACAGACUGUUAGGAAAAAGAAACAAAGAUGUUUCCAAAUCUACAUCGAACCUCAGUCGGUCCACCACAAACCUGGACACCCCUAGUCACUACAACAAUAGAAUCAUACAGCUGCCGGUGGUACCGAACACGCCGUUCGAGCAGACGUUCCGCGUGACGGUGCUGCUGCCCCGGGAUCAGCUGUACGUGGCGCGGGUCGGUGCCAAAACGAAGCUCUCCACCCUGCUCGAGAUGGUGUGCAGCGACAAGCUGCUCGACGCCCCGAAGUACCUGUUUCGCCAUCCGGUCGACUUUCAGCAGGGCUUCGAGCUGGACAUGAACAUCGGCGAGGUCGGGCUGAGCGAAAUCCGGUUGAUGUCGCGCAAGGAGCUGGAAACGCUGCGCAACAGUGACUACCGGCUGAGCACGAGCGACAUCUUCCGGAUGCACCAGAAGAGUGCCCGUGAGUCAUCGGGAGGAGGUGGCGGUGGCGGUGGUGGUGGCGGCGGGGGUGGUGGUGCGUCUGUUACCUCCUCCGAGUUGAGUCGUACUUCGAAGCUGGUCUUGAAGACGACCUCACCGUACAGCUCCACCAAUUCGCUCAACUCGAUGGAUUCGUCCGGGGUGAGCUCGAGCUCUCGCGGUGCGCCUACAUCCAACGGGCAUGGAGGCAAUGGCCACCAUCAUCCUAUGGGGCCUCCGGUAGCGCCGACGCGCAAAAAGCGUCUCGCACCUCGGCCACCGAGCCAGAACUCGAUACCGGAGACACGCGUACCACCGCACAACAACACGAACGGGGAGAAACCACCGGGUCCGGAAGAUCACCUUUUCAAAGAACCCCAGUUACCUCCGUACUCCCGGCAAAACUUUCACGUUUCCACACCCAAUCUGUACGAUCGCGAGCUGAAAUCGGUUGACAUUAUGAACAACAACAACAACAACAACAACCACAGCACCAACAAUAACGUGCCAAACCCAAAGGCCACCAAUGGCGAUCGGAAUGGAUAUGCCGUGGAAGCUAACAACAACAACCCUGUGCACGCUGGUGAGCUACAGGAGGAGGAGGAUCGGAAAAACCUCAUCAACACUAAAACGUCCUACAGCACGCUGAAGAACCGGCCGACGUCAAUGUACAUCAUUCGUGAGCCCGACCCGACGGCAACACUGCAGCGGUCGAGUGAGAAUGGCGGUAGCAUGAUGGACAUCCACCAUCAGCAUUCCCGUGCCUCUUCCAGCUGCUCGGAUGCGAAGGAUCCGCGCGAUUUUCACGACAUGCCCGAACCAACGCCAAGGAAGCGCUUGAACUCUAGUGCGAAAAAAUCUAAGGCACCAGCACCACCGCCGAGGGCGAAAACAACCACCAUCACACCCGUACCGACGCCUUCGCCUCGGGCCCUGACCCGCUCCACGUUAGAUCUGCUGCGUGAUAACGAUGCCGGCAUCUCCGAGACGGAUUCCAACUUUAGCAGCGAACCUGACGAUACGCAACGGAACAGAGAAUCGCGACUGAAUGCCGUCAACGGUAGUGUCCAUCGUGCGCCAUCGUCCGCACACCAAAAUGUAUCGAAGGUGAUGCUGAACGUAGACAAUCCACUGCACGAUCCCGUCGUAACCUCGACGACACCGGAUGUUGCUGGCGAACGGAAGCAUCAGAAGACCGGUUCGACUUCGUCGUCCGUUUCGAUCAAAAUCAUCGGCCAAACAGCGGCCAGCACAGAGCAACAACAAAGGGAGUCAAACAUGGUAUCCACUCCAACGCCAAUCGUGUCGAAGGUGCAGAUUGGAGGUGGCAGCCCGGCCGCCCAGAAGGUGCCAGCAUCGCCCGCCUCUCCCGGUGACAACAGUUCGGACGAGGAAAUCAAAAUCUAUAACAUCGAGUCCGGGAAGGCGGUUGUUAAGAAAAAGGCCACGGAUCAGUCGUCGGAGGAAAAGAUCAAGCUAACAGCCACGACUAACGGGGCAAACAGCAUCGUUCAGGUGCCCACGCGCCCAGUGCAGCAAGCAGAAAAGCAAGGACCGAUCGAUACGCAGCUGGAUAGCAAUGGGCAACAGGAAGAGGAACAGUGGACCUAUAAGCUUCCCGCCCCGCCAACAUUCGCCGACGCCUCGAUCAAGUCGAGCGAUUACGACGAACGGGGCCAGUUUUACCGGCCGGCGUCAACCUUCGUCGACAAUACGACACUGCGCAGCGACAUGCUUACGGUCGUGUCGGACGAAAUGACGGAGCGCAUCGAACCGUUCAUCCAGGAGCGUCUGCAGACAAUGCUGGACCUGGUGGAGGGCCGUCCGGAAGGCACACCAGCGGGCGCAUUCUACACCAAGCCGCAGGUUCGCGUCGGUAGAGAGAGCCCCGAACCGGCUCAGGAAGUGGGUGGCGGUCACGUCAGCUCAGAUGUGGAGGAUGGGUACCGUGUCGGGGCCAAUGAGGUGGGUAGCACGCAGGAAGCGCGUGACGUUUGGCUACAGACGCUCGAGAAACGGCGCGAGAAGAUUAUCGAGAGUGAGUUGGCGACCUUGAGCGAAUCGAUCAGCGGGAAGAAUGCCACGACCACAACUUCCACCUCCACCACCACAACCACUUCGGGACAUAAGGUGGAAAGUCGUCAGGAAUCGGUCACGGAUCGGAAGGGCAACGUUAUGAGCGAACUGAAUCAACUCCUGCGAGAUGGGGUCGAGUUGAGCCGCACGGAGGAAAAGGAGAUUGCCGUUGCGAAUCGGAGCAGUUUGGCCAACUUUAAGAUUUCGACCUACAGCAGUACGGAGAACAAGGAAAACGUCAUCACUACGAGCACUACGGUUGUUGAGAAGCGAGAACGUGAGUAUCACCAACAAGAGGAGGUUAAGGAGCAUGUUAGUGUGGCGCCGGCGAUCGCAAAGAAUGGCCACAAUACCGAAGCAACUCUGCCGAUCAGUGCAGCCGAAGAAGAAGUGGUAGAAGAGGUUGGAGUGAUCGUACGUCGUAAAAUUUCCGUCGAUUCGAUCGUCCGUAAACCGCACUCUUCCCUCACGCAGAGCAGCGACGAGGACGACCAAUCAGUGGCACUCCGGUCCAACGGUAGCGGGGCUUACCAGUCUGGGGCGAAUGCGAAGAAGGAGCUCGCACCGGUCAAACGGCGCAGCCUUACCAUGCUCAACAAAAGCCCGCGCGGAAUCAAUCGGUCCGAUUCGUUCCAUUCGACUCGAUCGGACUAUAUUGCAUCGUUGAAUUCACCGGCCCAGGCGGUGACCACCUCCUCCACCAAGCUACAGCUCACCCCCAGAAGCACCUCGUACAUUUCACUGAUCGGGGCACAGCGUUGGGAGAACCGCGGGCUAGCCUCAGCUAGCAAUGGACUUUCCGGUGCGCCCACCAUCAACCGGCGCAUGUCGACCAGUGAGCUGAGCAUCUCCGAUUCGCCCUCGCUCCAGAGCUUGGAGGUGAUCAAAAACAUUCUAAACACGUCACGCAAAAACAGUAUGAACAAUCUACACCAAGUGGGUGCGUCAUCGGAGCAGCGUGGCGGCGCUUCUUCCUCCAGCGAAGAAAUCGCGCUCCCCUCAAUGGCCGCUAUUAAGCGAAACAGUUUUACAGAUAUUUCAACGCUGGCCCAGCUGAACGCGGGCAAGGGGCAGAUGCCGGGUACCGGUGUGACGUCCGGUAGCGUACGGAAGGACAGCAUCGAGGAAGCCAAGGUUGAGCAGGAACCGGAACAGGAAGAAGUGUUGAAAGUGGCACAGGAUAUCAAACCGCACGUCGACGUUGUCGUGAAGGUGGAACAAACGAAAAAGGAAGUGCUGGUGGAAAAGCGUACGGAGAAGAUUCUUGUGGAUGAACUUCCUAAAAAGGAAAAGUUGGUCGAGUUGGAAGUUACCGAGAAGAAGGAGCAGAAGCCGGUGGAAUUGAAAAAGGAGGAGGAAGUAUCCGCCGCGAUCGACAUGAAUCUAGCCAGCGAGUCGAAAAGUGACGAUGAAAAGUUGCAAAAUAAGCAGCAACAAGAACAUCACCAUCACCACCAGCACCAGCAACAACAGCAGCAUGUCGUGGCCACCGGUAAGGAACCACAAACGACGGUCGUAAACAUUACGACCAACAGUACGGUAGUGAGCAGUAGCAAUACCGUCGAUACGAGCACAACCGGUGCCGUAACAUCGGUCAACGAAUCGGACACGAAGAAGUGGACCUACCAGGGUCCACCGACAAUAAGCUUUGCCACCUGGAACGAGCGACCAAAGAUCGACGUGUCGAUCAAGUCGGAUCGUGACUACCGCUUCGGGGGAAGUUCGACGCUUCCCCGUGGCUUCCGUAAUGUGAACAAUGUAAGCAGCACCAAAAUAAGCAUCGGUCCGGGUGGAACCACCACCUCUACCACGACCACCACCAGUACGAGCGAAACUUCCGCCGGGUUCGCUCGACGAACGAUCCAUGAGGUCGACCAGCAGCAGCAACCCUCCGGGCAGGAGAUUGUUGCCCCCAAUGUGCCAUUGCCAGCGUCGCAGCAGGAACGUCGCCAGCAGGAACCUCCGGCGGUCGUGAAGCUUCCCGCAACGCCAGCAAAGCCCGCUGUAGCAGCCACCGUGACUACUACUCCCCCCGGUGAACGAUUGCCGAUCGUGCGUGCCGUAGAGUACAAGAAGAACGUUACCCCACGCCAGCAGCCACCGCCGCCGGUGGAACCAAAGCCUUCGUAUUUCUACGAAACAUUCUCGCGGAACGAUUCCACUACCAGCUCCUCCGGUAGUAGCUCGAUCGUUAGUAUCAACGGAAAUCCUCCGUCAAACGCCGCCGCCUCCACCAACACCACCACCACCGCCGCCACGGCUAUAAGCCGACUUAGCUUUGGUCCCAAACCAUCCACCAUUCUGCAGCCAACCGUUCGUGGGUUCAAAUCGCUCGACGAAAACACGGUAUCCCGCCUGCGGCCCGUCUCGAUGAUCGACACAAGCACGCUGCGUAAAACUGUCGUACCGCUAGGGGCGGCACCUCCAACCGAGGAUACGACGGCCCCGAACUCGUUGCCCUUUUCCCAGAACACGCUGCGUCGUACGGGGCUGAAGGAUAGAAUUUUGGCCAAGGAACAACCGUCCACCGAUGCGACGGUGGUGCCACAGCAGACGCAAACAAUAGCUGCUGUCAAGCUGAACGGUCUCGGUACGGCCGCACCCGUUCCGGUGCCACCUCCCGUGAGACCCGCUUCGUUCGCUGCAGCGAUUCCGCCUCCACCGGCUCCGGCCAUGCCACCGGCAGUGGCCGCCAAAGCGACACAGCCCGUCGUGCGCGGUGCGAUCGUAAAGAAGUCGCCAAGCACCACCACCAGCCCGGCCAUCGACCCCCGUACGGCAUUGCUCGAUGCCAUUCGGAACUUUAACAAGGAUUCGCUGAAGAAGGACUGAACGUUUGAGAAUUCAGGUCAGCUAUGGGUAGGGAGAAAAGAAAAUGAAAGUACGAACGCUAAGCAUAUGCGUAGGACCAAAGGAGUGUUGUAGCAUAAAGGCUCAAAUGUGUUAGAUAGGUUGAACAUGUAAUAUUCUUUAAAUAUUCAUACUUUUUUUUUCGUUGGGAGGUGUUUUCCUUUGCUGUAUUUCUACUCAAAUUUUAAGAAUUUUCCAAUGGCCAGGUGUCGUUCUUGUGCUCGCGCACGGAAUUGGAUAAAUGUAUUUUUUCUUCUUUCCCUUUCUAAUCCGCAGUUGAAUGCUGUGGGCUUUGUACCAUUGCUUUUUCCCGUUUCGUUUAAGUUUGUUGUAAUUUGUAGUCAUUACAAGCAGGUACACCACCUUAUACACCAUUAGUUUCUAGUGCAGAAGUGAAACCGUUCGUCUGUAGUCACCCCACCCUUAUCUAUUAACUGCUUUAUCGUGCCUCUACUGUCACGGCUACACUGCAAAGAACCGUACGAACCGAACCGUUUCUGGUUGAAACCUGGGUUCUACGUUUGCGCCAACCAUUGGCGUUCCAUAUAUGUAGAACGUUGGAAAAAAGGAUAACGUUUGCACAACACAUAUCACCCAUUCAUCCUGUGCUUAAGGAUGGUUUUUCCAUUAAUUCUAAUAAUUCUUACUUCUUCAACAUAGUCACACACCAAUCACAUCGGUUCUGAUGCGAAAAAGGAAACAUAGAUGUUCACACGACGCAACAGGUACUAGGCAAGCAGGGACUCUAAUACGAGCACAUAAUUUAGAUUAGCGAAUCCGUAUAGUAGUCAUUAGACUGGACAUAAUUCGUAUGGGGUUGUUUAGCAGUUGGAAUGGUUUUGUUUCAUACUAAUAAUAUUUUAUCUAUCGCCGUCAGGAAUAUGCACUCGUACCUACGAUAGUAAUCGGGUGGAUGUAAUCCAUUCCAUAAUUUCAAAAGGCCUAGAAGGGAUAUGAAAUCGUGAGCUGUUGUAUAAUUCCGAACUGUAUUUUUUACCGCGCAAGUGUCUUAUACAGUCUUGUAGCGUAGGAUAAGAAUGAAAUAAAAUGGAAGAUAUUACAAAUUUACUAAUAAAAAU